GAAAGCAAAAAUGAGAAACCUGAAAGUGGAAGAGAGCGAGAAAGUGAAAGAGGUGAUCAGGAAGGAGGUUAAAGAUUGGGACGACGAGUUGGUCUGCAGAGCCCGAUUCAAAGCCUUCAGCGGCCAACGGUCCGAUUGCGAACCCAUCUACCUCUUCUGGAGAAACCUGAUCCUCACCGUCGCUCGCCAACUAGGCCUCUUCAUCAUCAAACCCUCUCACCUCAAGACCCACUGGUUCAAUCGAGGAGGCCUCUCUCCCUUAUGCCUCGACGACGUCUUGUUUGUGAUGUACAAUGAAGGUGAAGCUGUGCCUGCUGCGGAUGUUGCCGACCCCACCGCCGGGCGGAUAUCCCGGAUUUUCAGGAGAGUGACCAGCUCCGUGGCUAGCUUUGCUUCUUCAGCACCGACUCCGCAGGUUCUGAUGGCACAUGAUCGUCUCAUUCUUACUCCGAUUCUCAAGGAUAAAGCUGUUGAAAUUGUGGAGGUUUUGUCUGAGUGCCAUUGGAAUGGUUGGUGCAUUGUCACCAUGGAGAGGUUCCGGGAAUUGUGUGGAGGGACGUUUGAAGGUUCGGUAGUCUUGUCUCACUUGUCAGCGCAGGGGAAGGCGCGGUAUCUCUCGCUUCCCAACAGGGGGGACUUAUUACAGGGUGUGAAAGUCUCCAUUUCAGCGUCUUCUGUUCCUAGUGUUUCAAGUUUAGACCGUGAUGUUCUGCACUUGACUUGGACAAGAGAGAGACUUCAACAACAACUUGAUGUAAUUGACCGAAGAUGUGAAACGUUAAGAAAAUCAGCAUUAGCUUGUUUGCAUUCUGGAAACAAGAAAGUGGCUCUGAGGCAUGCAAGAGAGUUAAAGUUGGCGAAUGAGAGUAGAGAAAAAUGUUCAACCUUCAUGAACAGAGUGGUGGAAGUUCUUGAUUUUAUCGCAAAUGCUGAAAUGACAAAGAAGGUUUCUGAAGCUAUCCAAAUUGGAGCUAAAGCUAUAAAGGAAAAUAAGAUUAGUGUGGAAGAAGUUGAAGAUAGCCUACAGGAAAUUGAGGAGAGCAUUGAUACACUAAAGCAAUUAGAAAAUAUUAUAGAAUCAACCCCCCUGUACUCAGUUACAGAUGAUGAAGAAAAUAUCGAAGAGGAGUUCAGGAAACUAGAGCUGGAUAUUGGACAUGAAAACCAUCAUGAACCAAUCGUGAAAACUGAGGUUAACAAUGCAGUAGAAACAGAGAGUUCUGCUGAAGUGUUGUUAGAUUCUUUAUCAAAUCUCAAGCUUUCAGAUGAUGGUCAAGCAAGGAUACCAGCAAUUCAGGGCACUGCCUCGACAGUAAGAAACAACAAAACAAAAACUCCUGACCUCGCUACCGCUUAACUUAUCCUGGAUACCAGAAUCAAUUUAUGAUGAUAUGCCAAUGUGCCAGGUGUUGUAAAUGGGAAUUCUGCAUAUGUUCUGCAUGUUAUAAUCUACCUUGGUGGAAACCAGGUUCAUUCUCAUUCUGCUUUCAAGUUAAAAUGAAUAGCUAAAGUUCUUUGUAACUUGGAAUGUUAGUACUCUUGCAGAUUGUAGGCAAAUAUAUUGUAUUGUAUUGUAUGGCAUUGUAUCAUGAAAAUUUAUCCGGUUUCACCAUGUUUGAUGUUGGUCGGCUCGUUCCCUUGCUCUUUGCUGUCAUUAGUGAUUAUUAUGGAUGAAAAAAAAAUAUGAACAAUGCAAUCAUAUGAACAAUGCAAUCAGUACAUCUGGGGUGUACAAAAUGGAUGAAUGUAAUGGCUCUAUAAAACAAUGGGAACAGC